AUGCAGUGGUGUUCCGGAUUUUGUCAUGCUUCACCAUUUGGAGGGUGUUCCGGAUUUUGCAUUCCGAAACAAAGGGGAGAACAAUCCAAGAAGGAUGAACCCAAGACUCCAGCCAAGCACAAUGUCAAAAGCGAAUCUGAGCCUAAUGGAAAAGAAAAUCUUUUCUCUGAAGAACCCAUCAUUGAUCAUAGUGAAGACGAAGAGCCUGAUGAGAACGAGCUCCAAAAAAGAAAAGCACGUGAAGCCGAAAUGGAUGAGCAUCAGAGAAUAGUUCGAGAGACUGAAGCAAAAGAGAAAGCAGAAAGAGAAGCUUAG